AUGGCAGGAAUUUCUGUUGUGGGUCGAAAUUAUUAUGGUGUGUUCCCGUUGAGAGGUACAUUGCUUAAUGUGAGGGAAGCAAGCCAUAAACAGAUCAUGGAGAACGCUAAAAUCACGAGCAUCAAGCAGAUUCUUGGACUUCAGCAUGGAAAACAGUAUGACAGUGUGAAGACUUUGAGAUAUGGCCAUUUGAUGAUCAUGACUGAUCAGAUGGCUUCUCCUAAUGCUAAUUGCCUGUAUGUGGUUGAAGCAUCUAUGGCACAUAGAUCAUCAGAUGAAUCCUUACUGAAAAUAUUUGAAGGAUUGGCCUUUCCUCCCCUUUACUUCUACAAUGGAGGAGUUAGAGAGUUCCUUGCUACAAUAAAGCAACAUGUUUUUAUUGCGAGGUACUUGGCUGAUGAAACUGCUAUCUUACUGCUUUACUCAUUAGUGCAUGGGAACUCAAAUUUUCUGGAGUAUGUCUUGGUGCGAACAGAUUUGGAUACACUGUUGAUGCCCAUGCUGGAAACACUGUAUAAUGCUUCAAAAGGGACAUCCAAUCAAAUCUACAUGGUGCUAAUUAUUUUGCUAGUACUCAGUCAAGAUUCUUCUUUCAAUGCCAGUAUUCACAAGCUGAUGCUGCCAAGUGUUCCAUGGUACCAAGAACGCCUGCUCCAUCAAACUUCUCUUGGUUCCUUGAUGAUCAUAAUUCUGAUAAGGACUGUGAAUUACAACCUAUCUAAGCUACGGGAUAUUUACCUCCACACAAACUGUCUUGCAAUUUUGGCCAACAUGGCACCCCAUGUCCACCGUUUGAGUGCAUAUGCAUCACAGAGACUCGUUAGCCUCUUUGAUAUGCUCUCACGCAAGUACACUAAAUUAGCAGAGCUAAAAAAUGAUAAGAUGCGUAUAGGGAAUGGUGAAUCAAGAGGAGACAGCCUUCCAGAAGAGAUGGUUGUCACCAUAAUCGAUACCUUUAGCUUCAUUACUAUUUAGAUCUUAUCUUACAUUUCCAAAUUAUUUUUCUU